UCGUUUCAAAACCAGGAUUUUAACAACGAACUGGAUAAAAUGCCUCGACGCUGGGGAAGACAACCAACCCGCAAUCCACAAGGACUGGGCGCCGAGGAACGACCAAGCGACACUUCCUCCGACAGCAGUGCCUCCAAUUCUCCGCCACCUGCUGCUUCUCGACAGACACGAAGGCGAUCAUCGUCGGCACCCGCUCGUCGUAGUAGCAGAGCGCAAGCCCCGGAACCACGGGCAGCCUCGGCAGUCAGAGGUGCCAAGGCGCUGGCCGAGAUUCGACACUUGCAGCGAACGACCGAUAUGCUUAUUCCCAAGUUGCCCUUCGCCCGGGUUAUCCGAGAAGUUAUGCUGGAUUAUAGUGGCCGCAAUCUGCGUAUCACAGCGGAAGCCCUGAUGGCCGUCCAAGAGGCAGCGGAAAUCUAUCUGGUGAUGUUAUUCGAGGACUGCGAGAAGUUGGCAAUGCACCGGCAGCGGGUGACUAUUACCAAGCGGGACAUGGACCUAGCGGUGUACUUCCGGAUUCACUGAAUAGGCGAAUGGAAGGGGAAACGGAC